AUGCCUAUUUUUAAGCAUAAAAUGUCAGCUUGCGACAUUCAAGUUGUUAAUCAGGCAGCUUUGGAAAAAAUUGAAAGUUUUAUAAACGACCCGGCAUACUGCGAGGUCCUCGAAAGCUCUGCUGGCUAUAAUUCUAGAAUAUGCAUUGAAAGGAGAUUAAGAAUGCCAUUUUUGGAUAGCCACACUGGUGUUGCUCAAAAUCAUUCAGACUUAUUUAAAAAUAAAAGACAAAGAAUGCCAGGUUUUUUGCAAGGUCAAAUUUAUACUUACCCUAGUAAAAGGUGGUGCAAAAGAAGAAGACAAUAUUUAAUGAAUUGGAUGAAUCCAAGGAGGAAAGAGACUGAUGAUGGUGACUCAAAUGUAGGUGAUAAUCCAAUUAUAAAUGAGGACAGCAAAGAUAGUUGUAUAAUCAAAGAUGAAAAUGCCAAGGAUUCUUGGUAUUAUGAUGAUGAAAUGAUAGAAAUGGAUGGUUAUGACGAACCUGAUCCUGACUCCGAUUUCGAUUAUGAAGAUCAUUAUAGAGGUAGAAGAAAAAAAAGAUCUAACAAACCAGGUGGAAGAGGGAGAGGUAGUCGCACAAGUGCAGCCAGUUCUCCUAAAGGGGACAUGGAAAUUUCAGUUAGCGGAGGAAGGGGAGGAAGAGGGAGGAAAAGAGCAUUAUUAUAUGAUAUGGAUAAUGACAAGCCCUUUGCAUGUGAAUUAUGCAGCGCAAGAUAUAAAACUCGGCCGGGAUUAACCUAUCAUUACACUCACACUCAUAAGGAAACAAAAGAAUGUGAUGUUCCAAUAAUGGAUUGUGGCGAAAACAGCUUAGAAAGAGGAUCUCCAAAGCAAAGCCUUAUGACUCCGGUUCCUCCGGUUACGGUUCCGCCUGUUCACAUUGUGCCUACUACCGUACCCUUGCCCCCAGCGGGAGGACAAGUGGAUUCUUCUGGGCCCCCAGGAGGGAAUCGUCGCGGUCGUCAAAGCUCAGCUAUUAUAUCCAACCCUGUAAAUGUAUCAUCUGAGGGUGUUCCGUCUAAACCAAUGUUAUCAGUACCAUCUGUUGAUAAUAAGAAAGAAAUUAAAGAUGAAAAACCUGCAUCUUCUCCUGCUCCAAAGAAAGAGAGGGAAGACGCUCAAAAGAUGGACUGUACGAAAAAAACAGCUUUGCCAGAUGAUAAGGCAAGAGUUGCUGCAUCACCAUAUUGCGAUUUUUGCCUCGGAGAUUCGUCAGAAAAUAAAAAAACAAAUGCACCUGAAGAAUUGGUUUCAUGUUCUGACUGCGGAAGAUCUGGACAUCCUUCCUGUUUAUUAUUCACACAAAAUAUGAUAAUAUCAGUCAGAAAAUACCGAUGGCAGUGUAUAGAAUGCAAAUGCUGUUCAGUUUGCGGAACGGGUUAUCAUAUGUAUUGUUUAACGCCACCAUUAAUAUCACCUCCGGAGGGUUCUUGGAGUUGCGGCCUUUGUCUUGUUGAAUUUCAUCGCGCCAAAUAA